CGGCAUCUGCUGCAGCAGUGCUGGCAGCAGCUGCAGCCGGCGCUGGCGCCGGCGAUGCAGCAGAUGAAGAGCCAAGGCGCGGAGCUGCCGGACGAGGCCUACCACUGGGCGCUGCUGACGCGGGGGGCGGACCGCUUCAAGCUGGCGGAGUACCUCCCGGCGGAGCAGGCGUUGCAACGCAUCAUGGAGGUCCUCGGCCGCGCCACCAACACCAGCUUCCGGCCCUUGCGUCCCCAGGGCUGGUGGCAGACGGGGUGGCAUCAGGGCGUGCGCCGCUUCGAGGUCCUUGACGGGCCACCCAUUGGCAGCAAGGGCGAUGGGCGGCGGCUGGGGUAUGUAUACGUGGAGCUCUACUUGUCGUGGCAGGGGACCCGCCCGAUGACUCCUGGGGCCCUGCUGUUGGCGCCCGGCCACGUCUACCUAGGUUUGCAGUUGCAGGCGCCCUCGAUGCAUGCCACCAAGUUGCUGACACCGGAUGACGCGGUGACCAUGGCGCACGAGCUCGGGCACGCGGUGCACAUGCUGUGCUUCGGCGGCUCCAGCCAGGAGUUCCAGGACCUUCCGUUGGACCUGGCGGAGCUGCCCUCGACCUUUGCAGAGGUGCUGGCCACGCAGCCGGAGGUGGUGAUGGAGUACGCCCGGCACCACGCCUCCGGGGGCGCUGCCCCGGACGGUUUGGUGAAGGUCGUGCAGCAGGGUCCCAAUGUCUUCGCGCAAAAGCUGCAGAGCCUGAAUGUGGGCCUCGGCCUGCACGACUUUGACGCCCUGAGCGCCACAGCGGCGGAGUUGCAAGACACCGCUGUGCAGCUGUGGCAGCAGUUUGCGUUGGUGCCCGCCAGCCACGGCUUCUCGCCCCUGGGGGAUGAUGCUGGAGGAUACCUGAUGCUGGGCGCCAACCACGUGGCCUACCUGCUGUGCUACCUGCGCACCGAGUUGCUCUUGAACGGCUCGGCGGCAGGCAAGCGCGGGCCACGGCGCUGGCUGAGCCCCGAGUUUGCACGGAGCUUGCGCAGCCAGCUGCUUGACCGGAGCUUCCCCAGCCAGCGCCUCGCCAGCCUGCUGCCACCCUUGCGGGCAGAAGGCGUGAAGCCGCUGCCCCACCCGUUGCCACCGCUGCCCGACGCCAAGUUCAGCCUCUUCGAGCGCCUCCGUGCCAGGAGGGCGUGAGAUUGCGAGGG